GCAAUAUUUAACAAAUUCGCAAAUACGAGUCAAUACACAUUCCUGACCAAGAUGGACGACCGAUGAAAUUAAAUCGGGAGGAGAGUCAAUUAUAUCAAGAUUCUCUUCAAAUAGUGCGUUUCAAAUAACAUCCAAUUCUGAGUACCAAAAGAGACAGAAAAGUAUAUUGCUAAAUGCUGCCUUGAAGUCUUCAGAACUUGUGAAUUGGGUGUUUCGGGUAUAUGUGUAUGUGCCUGACGAGUCCAGCCACAACCGUGUGAUUGGUGAAUUGGGAAUAGCAAACCAGCGGCUUGAUCAGGCAAUCAUAGACCAAAUUCAUGUGCUAGUAUCUGAUGGAGACAGAAGGACGGAUGAGGUGGAACGUGCUGUUAAUAGCUUUGUCCAGCGACCGUUCCCCACAGCCAGUCGACUGAACCCCAGAUACUAUCCAAGUCUAAAGAUAAUUCGAAAUCACAUGUAUAGUGCUAUGUGCAUAUUUUCUUCCAAUUACUUGACCAAUUUGGGGCUAUAUGUUGAGCAGUGGGAGAAGGAUAUGCCUGAAGACCGCUUCUUUUAUGCAUCUGGUAGUUGGCCUUUUUAUCCUGCCACAUGAGACCAGCUUCCAUAUUAAACGGAGACUUGCAGUGCUCAAGGACUGGAAUCCUAACUGGAAGCCCACUUAUUUUAUGACGGACUAUGACAGGCUGUUGAGGAAACAUGUAUGAAGUUAGUGGUUGUGUAGUAGUUGGCCUUUUUAUCCUGCCUCAUAACUUAUUUUAUGAUGGACUAUGACAGGAAGGAGAUACAGGCUGUUGAGGCAACAUUUCCCGGAUGUUUUUCCUUUCUCUGUGACUUUCACACAGAACAGGCCUGGAAACGAUGGGUUGGACCUGCAAUUGGGGUAAAGGAUGCAGAUGAGGUUCUAACAAUGUUACGCAGCAUUGCCAACUCGCCAGACGAAGCAACAUACAAUGAAACUGAAGGUGUUCUUAAAUCUUCAUCACACUGGUUGGAUAACAAAAGUCUUCAAGAGUGGUUUGGACAUUUUUGGCUCAAUGAAAGCAAGAGAUGGGUGACUUAUCAUAGGCAAGUAUUGGUAGGAAAGUUGAUCAACACAACCAAUGGACUAGAGCGGCAGCAUAGACAUUUUAAAGAGGGUUACCUUGGGUAUUACACUGAAGGGUCCCUGACAUCUAUGGUGUCGACGUUGGUCACAAAAUAUGUUCCUGCUGUCUGUCGAAGGUAUUUGCAACAGAAUAUGGAGUGGGUAUCGAAGAAAUACUGCCUUCCAGACUUUCUGUUGAACAAGUCCAGGACCUUUGUCAACCAUUGCUUGAAGCGAGUUACAAAUGAGCCUGUAGCUAGUGAUGUUAAAGAACUUCAAGAAAAUGUGCCUUCAGUAACCAGCGCAUCUAGUGGCAGACAGUAUACUGUCGAUCUGCAAGUAAUGAUGCCCACAUGUAGCUGCUUUGACUGGGGAAAAUUUCACUGGCCCUGCAAGCACAUCCUGCAUGUCAUCAUGCAUGAUCCAGGACAUGGUAGGGACACCUUGGCUGAAAGCUUUAAGAACUCCCCUCUGUUUACAGUCGAUGAAGGAGUCGUUGAGUAUAGCUCUGAAGCCCUUCCCAAACCACCAAAACAUGAAAAGGCAUCUUACUCUUCAAGCCACACCAAAGUAAGACUCACGAAGCCCACAGCUCUCAGGACACGCUGUAAGGCCCUUGCUUCUGCUAUCAAUAACAUGAUGUUCCUAGUGAAGGGAGAAGGCUAUGAAGAUCUGUUCUUCGAUUUGUCUGCCCUGUAUAAGAAAGUAAGAAGCAGGGUGCCUGCAGAGGCUGGGUUGUUUUUGAGACCGAAAAAACUUGGACGCAGGCCUUCCCCUACAUAUGGGCUGAAGCUGAGAAAGAAAAAAAGGAAAGAAAUUAAGAAAACAAGGAGCGACGAAGAGGACGACUGCCCAAGUAUCCAGUAAUCAUGAAUGAGAAGAUUGUUCCAUUAGAGUCUGCAAUUGUUGUAAGACCAGCAGAGCCCGCAGAAGAUGGGUCUGAGAUGAGAAAGUAUUUCACAGUUCAGGAUUCAGGUAUCCGUUGUUAUUUUUAACACAACCAGAUCAAGUUAACUUUUUGAAGUGAUUACAUUGUAGCAAGUUUGUUGGAUGGUGGUUCUUGGUUGUAUUGUGAAAAAUGUGAGCUGUACUAUCCCAUUUGUUACACAGUUGUUAUGAAGAACAACAUAGUGUUAUUUAACCAAGUGUUAUUGUUGUAUAGUAUGCUCUCAUUAACUAUAGACAUUAUUAGCAAGUGUAUUGUCAUGUUGUGUUUUCAAGUUUUGUUUUUGUUGUGAAUUUACAGAUAAGAGUACAAAAAGACAGGCUUAAAAUAUUUACAUCAUAUCUGAUCACAUGAGUUGCCCAGCAUUACAAUUGUGCUCUCAUAGUCACAAGUAGAUGUGUUCUGUUGGAGUCAGAGUGCAUCAAGUCAUAAAGUUUUGUUUAUUAUUCUCCCCCAAAAUUGAUUUUGGGGGGGGGGGCAUAUAGUUGCUGCUUCGUCUGUCCGUGCGUGUGUGUGUCUGUCCGUCCGUCCGUGCACAAUUUUUGUCCGGGAUAUUUCUCAGCAACUAAUGACCGGAAUUCAAUGAAACUUUAUGGGAAGCUUCACUUCCAAGAGGAGAUGUGCAUAUUAUCAGCCGGUUUUGGUUGGAUGAUUUUACAGAGUUAUGGCCCUUUUAAAUUUUCUAUAAACUGUACAUAUAGUGCAAUUCUUGUCCGGGCUAUUUCUCCCCAACUACUGACUGGAAUUAUGAAGCUUUAUGGGAAGCUUAACUACUUUGAGGAGAUUCGCAUGUUAUUUGCGGAUUCUGGUUAGAUGAUUUAUUUAGAGAGUUAUGGCCAUUUGAAAUUUUUUAGUAGCUAAACCAUCCAUCGUGUUAUUUUGUCCAAAGUUAUGUUUUUCAAGACGUAUCCUUUUAUCUGAAUAUAUAGUGCAAUAUGGGGAGCAUCACUUGUCUCCGACGGUUUCUUGUUUUUCUUUUUCAUGUGCUGCGAAACGGACCCUAUGUGAUAACACGAAGAAGUUUUGAAUGUCUCAAGUCUUCUCUCUCAGAUGAAUUGGUAGACGCUUGCCUCCACAUCGCCACAAUUGAAUCUAGCAAUGUUUACCAUGUGGACUGUAUCAAUGCAACACUUAUCUUCACUGGAGAUUUUGAAAGGACUUGCAUCAGUCAAUUUCGAUGUGUUUGAUAUGGUUGUCGGAGCCGUUAACGAAAAUGGCAAUCACUGGAUCUUAGUGAUUAUAAAGCCAGCACAGAGAUGUAUUAUAUACAUUAAAUCCCUGGAGUGCAGUCAUACUCCAAACAAAUUUACCUUGAACACUGGUUUGCAUUUCUGAAUGAGAGGGUCAGGCGAGGAUUGGAAACCUCACAGCCCCAGUCAUGGACCAUGGAAAGUGUUCCUCAUGCAAAGCAGUUUGAUAGCAUUUCAUGUGGUGUAUAUCUUAUUCAGUUUGUGGAGAACUACUUGGCGGGAAAGUCCCUACAAUUUUCCUGGAAAAGGAAUGACGUGGAGGAAAGAGAAAACAUAUUGCAAUGUCAUUGACUGCUUUCAGCUGUAGGCAAGGCUCGAUGAUUACAGGGGUCGGGCAGGUCCGCAUAGUCAUUCCCACCCAAGUUAGACUGCACAGGCAAAUCUGGGAAUGCACUCAGGAAGCAAAGCUUAACUUAAAUUUUACUAGAUUAUCAAUGGCUCUUUUCACACCUGAUAGGGAGUUAAAUAAUUAUUAAAGUGUAAUGUUAUGGAUGUCACAGUAACACUAGCUGUGCCUUGCUUGUUUCCAUGGAGACCCUAAGUGUUAAGUGUGUGAGUGACCGCUCUCUGGGCCAGUCAGAUUCUGGCUUCAUCCAGCCAAAACAGUCAACCUCUGGAGAGGCAUCCAUAACAUCCAUCCAGAAGUUUGCUAAGAGGAUGAGAGUCCUGGUGAUGAUGCUGGUGUGAAGAGGUCAAAAGAAACAGUUGCUGAGAUACCUUCAUCAUUGUACUACCCACUGACUACAUUGAAUGUAGAAAGACAGAACGAAGAUCACCGUAAGGCCACAUCAUGAAAGCCAUUGCGUCAGACUGCCUGUCUCAAGUGCCUUGUUGUAAUCGUUUGGUUUAUAUUAUAAUCAACUGGCUUAUUUUAUAGAUUAUUUGUUAUGGGAACUUGAGUGCCAGACCUAUGACUAGCUAUUAAUGAGAUUUUGUAAUGAAGCGUUGCAAGCUAGAUUGUGAAUUGUUAUGAGAACUUUAUUUCAAAAGAUAGGCCUAUGACUGGCUGUUAGUUAGAAGUUUUGUAAUGAAGCUGUGCACAUUAGAUUGUGAAUUGUUAUGAGAACUUUAUUUCAAAAGAUAGGCCUAUGACUGGCUGUUAGUUAGAAGCUUUUUGUACAUAAUUUAUUGUGAAUUAGAUUGUGAAUUGUUAAAAGAAUUCAAGUGACAUUUGUAAUAAAGCUGUUAGUUUAAAGUUUUGUUAGGAAAUUAUACAAAUAUUGUGAUUUGUUAUGAGAUAUUUAGUGUGUGAACUAUGUCAAGCUAUUAGUGAGAAGAUUUCUAAUGAAACAAUACAUUAGAUUGUGAAAUGCUAUAACAAAUUUUCUGCAAGACCUAUGGCUAGCUAUGAGUAAAAAGAAUACAUAUGAAAUUGUACACAUUAGAUCGUGAAUUGUAAAAACAAUUUUUGUGCCAGAUAUAUUAUUAGCUAUUAGUAAGAUUUAUAAUGAAAUGACACACAUUAAUUUGUGAAUUGUUAACAGAACUUUGGUGCAAGACCAAUGCCUGUAUAUAUUAAAAAUGUUAAGAUUUUUAUGAAAGUUUACACAUUAGUUCUUAAACUGUUAAGAUAUUUUUAGUGAGAGGAGUAUGUUUAUAAAUGAUUAUAAAAUAGUUGUACACAA